GUUCUUUAUUUACCAUGCUCCCGGCAAGCACACCGUCUCGAUGCGGUCACUCGCUCUCAUUUAUUGUCGAACUACAGUGAGACAGCUGGCUCCGCAGCUGGUGCCACUAUGGUGAACGCAUUUUCACGGACUUCCUCCUUUAUCCGUGCUUCCGAUCGCCUUAUUGACAAUAAUGCUGCGUUCUCCCUUCUCAAAUUCGCUUCUAAUCGCUGGCUUGAUAUUCGUCUGGAUGUGAGCACUAAAUGA